CAUCUACCGGUUCCCGAAAGGCUUUUGGUGGCAGUACCUCUUCGACGUGCUCCUCUUUUUCCUCGGCGCGCUCUGCUUUCUCUGCAGCGAAGUCGAAGUGUUUUGCAUGGACCGAAACAAGGGCACGAUCUCCAUCUCGCAACGCGGCUGCAUUAGCCACGUGCUUGGGCGCGGGAAGGACACGUUUGUGGUGCGGCAGCUCGCGGAAAUCGCCGACGUCUCGGUCGACUGCUUGGGCGAAAGGACGGGCGACGUCGACACACGCUCGUACAAGAUUCGCAUCGAGUACCACGACGGCACGUAUGCGACGAUGCUCGAGGGACAAUCCAAGGCACUCGCCGUGCGUCGCUGCCGCAGCCUCAAGUACUUUUUGGCCUUCUACGCCAACUCGCCGACCAAGAAGCAGCGGAGCCCGACCAAGCUGCCGUUCCCAAUCAAAGAGGCGCGUCACGUCGACUCGGUGGUGCAGGAGGCAACGCUCACCAUGUAG